CUGCUCCUCCUCCUCCUCAAACUGCAGCUUAGUCUCAGGCUAAUCACACCACAGCUUCCACUUCGUCCUAACCGAUCCACUCAAGCAUGAUGAAGGAGGCGAAUGACCCCAAAAGUCCUCGAUUCAUUUAGAAGUGAAAGUAAAACCGUUUGUCUACAAAUACCACCUUGGACUCGGUGCUAAUUGUUACCAAAUGCAAUAUGAGACAUAACCCUGUGAUUUUUAAAGUGUACAUUUAUCCAAAAACCCAGUCACCUCAGUAUGUAGAAUGUUGUGAAGCUGCGUGUGGCUUUAACAGAACCAGACUUACAAACUGAUUUCUGCCUGGACAUCACCACCAGCACUAAUAUGUACAUCCAGAUUUGAUCCUGUUUUGGCAUCAAAUGCAGAUAUGCACUGAAUGCUCAGGUAAUACAAACAUACAGUGUGGUGGUAUUUGUAGACAAAUAUCUACUAACAAGGUUGGACUUAGGGGGUAAGAAAACCAAACUUUGGUGCUGGAAGAUAACAAAUAGUUUCCGUUGGUUUUGUGGGUGGAGGACGGUUUAUCAGUUGAUAUCCAGCCUGCAGGUUCUUGUGUUGGCGUCCUCUUCUUUCACCCCAUUGCAAACUUCAAGAUAAGUGAAGACACACCCCUAACUAGAGAAUGUAAAAUGAUCGUGACAGGCAACCUUUAUUUGUAGAGAGCCUUAAACACAAACACACCCAACAUAAUGACAAAGUGCGUCACACAGUUGGUGACGAUGAGAGCUUAGAGGAUGAAUCUGGUUUGUCAAAAUUUGGGCAAUAAUCCUAUUGAUAAUAACUAUGUAUUCUCAAAGUUAAUUGACCCCCCCACUUUAGUUAAGUUAUUGCUGCUGCACCUCUUGAUGUUAAUAUUUUACAGAUGGAGAACCCACGAUUUAGCCUUUACAAUAAUUCCAUACCACAUAAUCAAACAAACUUAAGCUGCAGAUAAUAGUUUCAUUUGUUUAGUUUUUUAAAGAAAUGCCGAAAUUCUCUGGUACCAUCUCCUUCAUUGUGAAUAUUGUCUGGUUUCCUGAGUCUGUUUUGAUUACAAAUUGAAUGUAUUUGGGUUUUGGACUCUUGAUCAAAGAAAACAAGACAUUUGAAUACAUCACUUUAAACUCUCGGGAACAGCAAAAAGCCUGUUGUGGACCCUUUCCACUAAUCUUCAUUAUGGAUUCAUCAAUAAUAACUAAAAGAGUUAAUAAUAAAUGUAUUAAUAUUUUAUUUAUAAUAAAAAAAUAUCUUAAGUUUUAGUAAAACAAAGAUACUGCCAUUCAGAUGUUUACAAUAAAAACAUCAUGGACACAUCAUCAGUGUGACACCUUAGUCCAGGUGACCUGUGUUGACACGUUUCACGUCAACUUCUUUAAAUUCAGUAAAACAACUCUGAAACAGUAGCCUCUGUGUUACACAGACUCUCACACUGUGAAUGUAUCAGCUGUGAACGAGGCUUAUUCUAAUGUACUAAUGUAGCCCCACAUAAUAAUAUACUGAGCUAAUGGUGAUGGUCAUUGCAAACAAGCUCAGGUUGUAAAUGCUGAGAUACGUGGCAUUGAUCCAUGUCACGUACUUAUACAUGGUAAUCACCUACUGCGUGACUCUCUUUAGUUACUGGAAGAGAAAACAAAGGCGUCACCCACACUCCUGGUUCAGCUUUGGGCUACCAUAAUAGUCACUGUGCACAUGAUAACUUCUUAUGCGUAAUGAGUUAUUAUUAUGAUAACUUUGGAAACACUGUUUCCGUUUAGAGUGUUUUUAUAUAAUUUGUCGGCGAGUUUACGACCUGUUCAUAUUUUUUUGUGUUAUUUUUGCCUCAUCUUUCUUGAUUAUAAUGGUACCAUGCUCUGUAGGAUACAUACGAUGUUAUCCUAGACAGUAGAAAUAAUGUCCACAAGUCUGAAAACACCAGAAUCAUCAAUAAUAAUGAGAUGAAAAUUUAAACUUAGUGAGCACUACAAUGAAGAGGUGUGCUGUGUGUUCAGAGGACUCGCCCACACAUGGCAAACAACCAUGAUGACAGAACUCGCUACGUUGCCUAAACAUACAUUAAAUCAUGUGAAGCGUGAGCCGCUUGAAUUAUAAGAGCAGUGGCAUGAAUAUUCACUUCCUCGUCCAUUUAGACCUGAUUGAGCCAAAGCGGUGAGGCGUUCAGUGACAGCACUUUGAUUUGGGGCUUUAUAUUUAGUCCCAGUAACUACAGUCUGCAUCAUAUGGAGGAGCUCUGUGAGGCUGGACUGCGUGUGAUAACUGGGUUGCUAUUUGUUUAUCAGGCAAACACAAUGUCAGCCAACAGUCUACUUAGGCAUGCAGUGCCUCUCACCUUCAGGGAAGAAGCGAGAGAAGACACCAGCUCGCACAAUCCUCCAUGAGCCAGAUGAUCUCUGCUCUUUUUCUUUUUUUCUUUUCUUUUAUCCUUUGACACAUAAUACUGUUGUGUUUAACUUGAUCUCCUUUCACUGUGUCACUGCUCCUCGUUUCCUCGGGCUCUGGAUCUUACAGUAAUCCCUUUCUUCAUGCUUCCGACAGGCUAAUUCUAAGCCUAUUAAGUUGUUGCAGCACUUGGCAGAGGAUCAGGCCCGGGACCCCUUUUGCCUUUCAGGUCAUACAUAAUUUGUGCACUUUUGCAAAUUUUACAAAACCCUGUAAAAACCAAACAGUCUUGGCUUCUUUGUUGCUCUCAAACUCUGGCAGAAGAUCAGGUUUCCCUCGACUUGUUGCCAACAUUUAUCUGAUACACGGCCUUAAAUUCUCCCCGUAGCUGUAAUAGUUUCCUCAUGAUGCGAUCAAAAUUUGCCUUAUUUCACUUUCAUUUUGACACUAGAGUGGCCUCAUCAAUAUUAUACUCAAACGCAGAAUUGGCAGAGGUUGUGCUUGAGAUGCACCCGGAUUUACUGACUCAGCGAGGUGCUUUUUGGUAUGAACAGCAAUACCACGAACCAGUAUUAAAAUGCCUGCCUUUACUACAAGACAUCUACGCUGCUUCAGACAAUGUUGCGCUGCUUCAAGAAUGUGAUUUGUGUCUUCCUGUACACAAAGUAGGUCACCCAUAACCUCAGAGCUCAAAGCCGAGCAGAGAAUGACGGGGAGAGUCACUUCCGAUUUGAUUUCCUACUUUAACCCUUGUAAAGAAAAAAGGGGGGGGGCAUUUAAUUUCCUGUGAGGUUUGCCAAACAAAUGCUAGAUCUGUGGUAUCAAGAGAUGUCACCCUUUUUGAUUUAUUGUAUUCAAUUCCUUUGCACAUGUGUAAAUACUGUAUAUGAUCAACGGGAUGAACAAGGGUGGUGUACUUUUGACUGGAUGUGCUCUGUUUUCAAGAGCCAGACUUGUUUGUAAAUUGCUGUGAUGGAAUCAGUUUUUCUUCAGCUCUUAAUUGCGCUUCAGUUUACUUCAAUCAUUGAAAAGUUGUGAUAUAUUUACAGGUUAAUAAUGUCGGUGUGCUAGUGAUAAUUGUAUGUUUUACAUUGGCCUAUUGUUUGUGAUUUUUUGUCAAAGCAAAAGCUGAUAUACAACUUUGGUCAACUUUGUCGUCUUUUCUGUCUGGUACUGGACUAUCUGGAAAUAGAACAGUCUCGUUUUGAAUUCUGGGACGUGAAUCAAAUUCACCACUUUACGUAGAUCUGAUCCAGGACCAUCACAUAAUGUACCACGGCACUGUUCAUGCUGUGUCCUGGGACUUGGAUGUUUCAGUCACUGUGUGGCUCAUGAAUUUGUUACAUUAAAGAUGUUGAAAACAAGACCUCACCUGAUGGGAGGCAGUUUGUUUUGGUGACUGGGAAGAAAAGCUCAGUACAAAGGAUGUAAUCAUGACAUAACAUUCAAUAAAAACCUUUAAAAAAAAAAGCAUAGACGGAGCAGGAGGAUGAUGGUACUUGUUUUUGUCUCGCCUCUACUGGUACUUGGCAGUAUUUUGCUCAGUGCUGUCACUGGUGGUCACAAACUAUAUUUAGGAAACAUCAUGCAUGCACAUCCCAUAGUGUGGAUUGUAGGUCUAGAAAAGAUUUGAGUGUUCACAGUACAAAUCUUCUGGCUGAUAGAGGUUGGUUAAAAUAUUGCACAUUGACAAUUUAACACUCCAUUAAAAUGUGUUUUUUGUUAAACCGAGUUAUUAGGCUGUCAUGAGGCAUGUGUUCAUAAUUAUAACAAUAUGGCCUCAUUUUACCUGUAGGUGGGAAUAGUUGGUGUCUCUAAGCGUGGGCCCCGCAAUACGCUGGAGACCUGUCCAGGGUGAGCCACGCCUCUCGGCUGAUUGGCUCCAGCCGUCAAAGGAUAAGCAAUAUAGCUAAAACAUGAAUGGAAACAAUUAGUGCCCAGUAAACCAUGUUGGGGAAUGUUAUUGGCCCCUUAUUGAUAACAGUCCCUAAACCUUAUAUGUUGCCAACCAUCUGGUCAGACUUCUCUUCCACAACAAGUUUUAUCAUCUGCUCACUGACUGCAACGACAGGGUGUGUGUUGUUCCAGUGUCAGAUGAAAAACACACUCUCACAUUGGUAUGAACAGUUUUUGCUCAUGUCAUUGUAAGAUAUUUUGAAGGGAUACAAUGAAGUUUAUCAAAAGUGGUGUGAACAUCUGCCAAUCACUGUUGAAUUGAUGAAUUUUGAAUAAAAGAAAUAAAUGAAAUAAUAACUGACUUGAAAUGGAGCAUGUGAAUGGGAUUAUGAGUGAUUAUUUACUCCUCAGGCUAUUUUCCUUUGUCCUGCAUUGCACCAUGGGUAAUUGUGGUAAUUCAGAUCACCUGAGUAGACCUAACAAACCUGAGUGUUGUUUACCUGCUGGCCUCUGAUGGUCCUGAAGUCUCCUUAUAGUGAAGAGCCCCUUUAGCUGCUCGUGUGACAGUGACAUACUUUGUCAUGUGGAACCAAGUUGGCAGUCAAUCCAUCAGUGGGACCCCAAGACGCAGUGCAGGGAAAUGGAAGAAAGCCACUCUUCAGAUUCUGCCCUGCACAGUGUCGCAGCUUCUGUCCGCGCCUGAAAUCAGCAAUGAUACCUUUGCAGUCUGUGACCGUGAACUCAACCAGGUGUCCGUUGUGGGCGUCAUCCGAGGACUUUCCCCCUUCAAGACCAACGUCCAGUACUCUGUGGACGACAUGACGGGUCCACCGUUAAAUGUGAAGCAGUGGGUCAACAAAGAGGACUGUGCGGCCAUGGCCGAUGCUUCUCCUGGAACAUACGUGAAGGUGACAGGAAGUCUGCGUAAUUUCAAAGGUCAAAGGUAUUUGAUGGCAAUGAAUAUCCACUGCAUCGAGGACAUGAAUGAGAUCACAUCCCACAUGUUGGAGGUGGUACAAGCCCAUAUGCAGCUUACUGGGAAGGUGUAUGAUGUGAAUAUGAACACCUCUCUUCCCUCACUGUCUGGGAGUUACAGCAGUGGACAUCCUAAAGGUUUGUCCACCAUCCAGGACCAGGUGUUCAAUGCAAUCAGGAAGUCCUCUGACCAUGAUGAAGGCAUCAGUUUGAAUGACCUGAAGACUCAGCUGCAUUUCCUCAGAAUGACAGACAUCAGAUCCUCCUUGACCUUUCUCUUAAAUGAAGGCGAAGUCUUCUGCACCAUCGAUGAGCAUCAUUUUAAGACAACAGGAUAUAACUAGGCUGCCCUAAGGCCAGAGAAACAUCAACGCAUCGCUGGCCUGAAACUACAGCUGAUCAGAAUGUAAUGUAAAUCCAUCUUACGGUUGAAUUGUUGUUCUGGUUAAAUCCAGUCAUUAUUUAUGAGCCACUGCAGCUAAUGGCUUUGUCGGCUUUGGUCUAAAGCUCAUAUAGUUUAUUAUAGUGAAUCAUUUGUUGCCUGUUAGAAACUCCUGCAUGUUCUGAUGGAUGUUAAGGCUUUGUUCAGUUUAACAUUAUUAUUAUAGUUUAUUUAUGCUCUGCUUUCUGAGGACCCUUUGAAUGAAAGCUGCAUAUAAAGAAUCAUGUCUAAAUCA